UUUUUGUUUGUGUAAACAGUACCGACUCUCGCGGGAAUGUGAUCCUGAUCUUCCCGAAUUUCCCGCACGUAUUAUUACAAAUAUUAACGAUUGCAACGGCAAUGAUAUUCAUAACUGUGUAAAAUUACCACUACGACGCACAGCACUGCGAUUGUAGCCCAAAGUUGCAUUUAUAAUUAGAUUUCAGCCUCAUGAUGAUGGAUGCCGCGAUUGAAACAGAAGAAGUGAUAGAAAAGCCACCGGUCAGCGUGCCAGUCGUCAGAGUUCCCGUCAAACACACCAACCUUGGUAUCAGAAGUCACGCAAUGGAUAUGAGCACGAUGGUUGAACUGACGUCGUUCAGUUCCCUUGGAAAAAUUCAACCGUUCCUUGUCACUCUCUCCACAACUGCGGCACUCAUCGUCGACCUUCAUUGCCAUCUCAAGGACAAAGAAGUGUGCGGCUAUCUUGGCGGGCAUUGGGACAUUAAUGCUCACAAUUUGACUAUAAACUAUGCGUUUCCGUGCCGAUGUAAUGGGAAAGACAAAGCGGCAGCUGCAGCAACUGAGGCUGAAAUUGCACGAGCCAUGGAAUGGAAGCAACUCACUUUGGUAGGAUGGUAUCAUUCACAUCCUAGGACACAUGCAUCGCCGUCGCUUCGCGACGUCGAUUCUCAACUGGACUAUCAGAUAAAGAUGAAGGGACUGAGCGAUAAUAGCUAUACACCGUGUGUCGGGCUUAUCUGCUCUCCGUAUAACACAGACAAUAACUGCUACGAGUCAAACUUCAACUUCUUUUGGUCACUCCCUCCACCGGAAAAUCGACCACAUGAGUACCCGAGACCGAUGCUGCUCAGUUACACCCUGUCCCAGGAACAAUUCCUCUCCCAGGAAGCUAUCGAUGAAAUUAAAAAAUGUGUCGAGUAUUACAAAAAUGACGGUUGCGUCGACUUCAAAGGAGUUUUCAACGGCUCUGUGACGUAUCUGGAAAAAUUAAAGAACUCCUUGGAGUCGAAACUACCCAGGAACCAGUCGAACGGAUCGUACUGGGACGCCAUCAGAGAGAUCGUUGCUCCUGGGAUGGAGGAUCCACCGACGACAACGCAAGCAUCAAACAUAGCCGGAAGUUCGGAUAUAUUUUCGAACGUCAAGUUUCCGUUGGUGCCUGACCCAAUGGGUCGUUCUGGCAUCAAUCCGAACAAUCUUUUCCUCACUCCAGUAAACUUCAAAUUAGACUCCAGUGUCUCCAUACUGAAGCCAUUCAACGUGCCGUCAACUUCGAAGGAGAAAAACGACACCCUUGAAGCCACCAAAGGGCAGAAGUUCGACUUACCAAUGCCGGAUAUGAAUCUCAACGCAAAGCACAAGCUACCGGCCGAAUUCACAUCCGGUGAACUGACCGUUUCCGUAAAGAAUUCCAAACCAGACUACGAGUUCUCAACCGCGGACUUUUCCAAGGUGAGCAAUCUCCUUUCAAGCGAUUCGGGCUCCCUUGGUGCCGGCAAGAAUAGGGUUACGGACUUCCCGCUCGCCGAUAUAUCGCAGCUGAGCAAGUUCUCGGAUCUUUCGAAGUUGGCCAACUUUUCAACCAGCGAUUUGGCCAAGUUGUCGGGUUUCUCAAUAAAUGACAUUGCCAAGACUUCGCCGGCCUACGCCUGCAAUUUAGCCAACCUGUUCAACCCCCUCAGUGGCAAGGGCCAGGAUGUGACGGUGAUCGACGUUAACAAGACCGCCGAAUUUCCCAUAUCCGACUUCAUCUCGUCCGAUAUCUCCUUCAAGCCCUCUGACAUCGUCAAGGGUCUCGUCGCAAUGUCGACCACCGACACUAAACUCACUGUCAGCGAAUUACCCGUCGGUGAGCAGAAGAAGAACCCCGACUCCGGGGAGUCGUCGAAGUCGAUCAGAAACGAUUAUUCCAUGGACGAAGUUCCCAUCGCGAAUGUAAAGUCCGAUUUCGGCACUAUGCUGGACAUGACGGUGCACGGCAUGAAGCAGCAAUCUGGCGGCAAUGACUGUCCGGACUCUUUGAAUUUGAGCAAAGAUCAUCAGUCGGGAAAGUGAUGGGUGGGUGGGGGCAGGGAGCGAGGAUCGCAGAUCGAUCUCGUCGAGGCUCGUUUCGCGUUGUAAAUCGGUAUUAUUACUUUAACGAAUAUAAUAUAAGAUAUAGGUAGUUUUUCACCAUGACUAAUUGAACUGAAACUUAAAUCGUAGGCUGUAGUAAUUUAUUGGAUCCCGCAUAUACAACAGCGAUGCAUUCUUUUAAAUUUCUCCAUCAUUCUGAGUGGGAAUAUUAUCAUAUGUACCCACGGAUACUGGAUCUGUAGCCCCCGGGAUAGGCAACCGAAGUUACACGCCAAUUGGUAGGAAAUCGCGUGCUAAAUUGAAUGUGUAACUUCGGUUGCCUAUCCUGGGGAUGACAGAUACAGUGGCCGUGGCAGUACCUAUAUGUAGACCUAUCCACAUAAUACGAUGGUGUGGUUGGGAUGUCCGGCGAUUUUAAUAGACGUAGUUAUUCUGAAAUAUUAACAAUUGGACCCAUGACUUUAUUACCGUGAAUAAAAAUCAUUUUUAUAUC